AUGUUGAAGUUCGGCCUGCUCCUUAUCUGCUUCACACUGUGCCAAGGCCACGCUGUAUCACCAGUGCUUCUACCAUUGCCAGCAGUGCAUACGGUUUACGCCAAACCCGUAUUAGCUUCAUAUCCGUUGCACCACGGAUAUGCAGCCCAUCGAUUAUUCGGUCACGGAGUCAUUGGUCCAAUAGCGCAUCAUUUAUACAAACGAUCAGCACAUGUCGCUCCGGUUGGUCACAUUGCGGCUGUCGAUCAUAUUGCUCCUAUCGCGCAUAUUGCGUCCGUGGCGCGUGUGGCUCCAGUAGCAGUAUCUCACCAAGAGCGUGUGGAUGUACGUUCAUCGCCAGCUUUUGUAGCAGCACCCAUUGUACCCGUAGUCAAGCCAGUGCUGACAUCAUUCGCACCAGGAGUUGGUCACUACGGCGCGGAACACUAUGCUUCGGUAUACCCUCAUCUGGUACAUUAUUAA